GCCAGCUGUCCGUCCUCAGCAGGCUUUCUGUAAUAGAAUCCAUUAGCCGCUAUACGUUGUGUUACAGCUUGAGAUAAAACUGCUUUUACUCACCUUCAGUGUAAUGUUAAGUUUUAAAAAGAAAUUAAUAACAAGUCUCCGGAGGGAGUAGUACAUCAAGUAAGUCAGGCUAACCCUGAAGCGCUUCCAGAAUUCCUUCUUUUGUUUAUUUUCGUGUGAAAAAAACAACAUUUACGGAGGAUGUCUUCGGAUGAAGACCGAGCCAAGGAGAUCCUGAAGGGCUUCAGACUAAACUGGAUGAACCUUCGAGACGCAGAGUCAGGGAAGGUGCUGUGGCAAGGAACAGACGACCUCUCCAUGCCGGAGGUGGAACAUGAAGCUCGAGUGCCAAAGAAGAUCCUGAAGUGCAAGGCUGUUUCAAGGGAGCUGAACUUCUCUUCAGCAGAGCAGAUGGAAAAGUUCCGGCUGGAGCAGAAGGUGUAUUUCAAAGGACAGUGCCUAGAAGAGUGGUUCUUUGAGUUUGGCUUUGUGAUCCCCAACUCCACAAACACAUGGCAGUCUUUAAUAGAGGCAGCACCUGAGUCACAGAUGAUGCCAGCCAAUGUCUUAACGGGUAAUGUUGUGAUAGAGACCAAAUUCUAUGAUGACGAGCUUCUUGUCAGCACUUCCAAAGUGAGACUUUUCUACGUCUAAGUCCAGCGCCUUGGGAAGUCUGUGUCGGGUGGAACUGAAUUCCAUGAGAGUGCGCAGUAGAGCGUACACAUACACAUGUCCAGCUUGUCCAGCCUGGAGUGCGCAGUCGCGAUGAUGGGAGUCUCAGAGGGCACCUGCAUCCAAGGAUCGAAGGAUGUCCCAGAAUACCAGGGUGCUGCAGUUUUGAAGACGUUUUGUAUAGAUGACAAAUUGUCAGUUAACCAUGUAAAUCAUUCUAUUUAUAUAUUUCUCUAAAAAUGAUUUAGAAAGCAGGAUAUAUAUGGAUACAAUUCUACUUUUAAUACAAAAACUUUCAAACCCAAUACAUUAACUUUGACAUGUAAUUUUACAGCAAAGUAAAAUCAAAAUUUUAAAAAUGUGAUUUUUUUUUUUUUUCUUGGUUCUGCCAUCCUUAAAGUUUAAUGAAAACUUUUAACUGUAAAACAUUAACUGUCAUUUUUGGAUGAUAAAUGCUUCAUGGACUGUUUGCAGACCGUAUACUCUAUAUGUCUGCAGUUUACUAUGCUAUGGGAAUGCAAUUUAUAAAUUCCACAUUAUAGGAUUACAAAGUCAUGUUUUACAUACAGGUGAGCUAAAACAUUGUACAUUUUGGAAAAGGCAGUAAAUGGCAGCAGUCAUUGCCUCCUGUCAUGUUUUACAAACCUGAACCUUUUGCAAACUUCAUUAAUCUUUUUUAGCUAGGAGUUUUUACAUUUCACAAAAUGGAUCAGC